GACUGCCUGAUUCAUUUGGCAGGAGCAUUAUGGCCGGCUGAACGGGCUCACUAUUGCCUGGAUUGGGGAUGGAAACAAUGUCCUCCACUCCAUGAUGAUGAGUGCUGCGAAGCUGGGAAUGCACCUGCGUAUUGCGACUCCCAAGGGCUUUGAACCAGACCUCAAAAUAACUAAAAUAACUGAACAGUUCUCCAAAGAGUAUGGUACCAAGUUACUCCUCACAACAGAUCCUCUGCAGGCUGCAGACGGUGCCAAUGUCUUAGUUACAGACACAUGGAUAAGUAUGGGACAAGAAGAGGAAAGGAAAGAAAGACUAAAGGCGUUUCAAGGUUAUCAGAUUACAAUGCAGACUGCAAAAUCUGCUGCUUCCAACUGGACUUUUUUACAUUGUUUACCCAGAAAACCUGAAGAAGUUGAUGAUGAAGUAUUUUAUUCUCCACAGUCAUUGGUCUUCCAGGAAGCUGAAAACAGAAAAUGGACAAUUAUGGCUGUCAUGGUUUCCCUGCUGACAGAUUACUCACCACAGCUACAAAAGCCUACGUUUUGAUGCUUGGAUUCCUGCCAAGAGAAAAAAAUUAAUCAUCGGCAGAAUAUUCUGGUCUGCAAAUACACAGAUCUUCUUCAGAAAGGAUCAAAGCAAUGAAUGAUUCUUUACUAAAACCAUACAGUUAGCU